AUGGUUGAACACCUCGCUGAGUACAAAAUAUUAAUUGCUGAUGCACUUAAUAUUGGCGUGAAACUCGAAGAUGAAACCAAAACUUGCUGUUUUUUGGCAUCUCUACCUGAUUCGUAUGAGACUUUCAUUGAUAGUUUAUCAAAUAAGAUAGAGGAUAAAACACUCAAGUUUAAUGAUGUGGCUGCUGCACUUAUAAGUUAUGAUAUUAGGCAAAGGGAUAGAGAUUUGAACAGGGAAUCGACUAGUGAGGCCUUGACAGUCAGAGGGAAGUCUGACAAGAAGAAUUCAGCUUCCUACCAUAUGUGCCCUAGGAAGGACUGGUUCGUUAAGUUUGAAAAGUUUGAUGGACCAAGGGUGUUUAUGGGUAACAAUAAUACCUGUAAACUUGAAGGGAUUGGGAAGAUUCGUUUGAAUAUGAAUGAUGGCGUCAUUCAAGAACUUGAUGAUGUUCGUUAUGUACCGAAAUUGAAGAAAAAUCUGAUCUCAGUAGGUGAACUAGACUCCCGAGGAUUUGAGAUGACAUUGAAAGGUGGAGUUUUUAAGGUCUAUUCAAAUGGCUAG